AGGGGGGAGGGGGCGCCUCGCAUCAGCGGCCGGGACGGUCGGAAAGCGGGCGGGACUCGCUGAAGAGGCUGGUUUUCACGGCACCUGCUCGAGUUUGGCAACUUUCCAAGCGGGCGGACUUCAACUCCCAGAAUCCUUUCUGCCUGGGGAAUUCAGGGAAGUCCACUUUAAUUUAUCCUUUCUUACAAGUUGCCAUGGUUUUUUUAAAAAAAACGCCGCCUUAGGAUCCUGCGUACAUCAGGCGCCGGGUUUGAGAUCAGGGAAUCUCAUAAUUCGCUGUCAGGGAAUUAUGGGACCUGGAGUCCUAAAUGGUUGGGGAGGGACCAGGGCGGCAGCCAGGAAGGAGCCCAGAAGUUGCACAGUAGCGAGGGCUAGAGCGUCACUCUUCACUUUCGUAACUCUAGGACCUCCGCCAUGUCGCUUUUGCCAUGGAGGCGCAAUGUGUAGAGCGGCGCUCCCUGACGGGGCGGAGGGGUGGCCGUCUGACACGGCGCCGGGUCCGAAUGCAGGUGCGAUUCUCCGGCAUCCGACUCGCAGGCAUUAAUUCACGCAACGGCGCCGCGCCUGAAUGGGGGCAAAGAGCGGGCCCGGGGCGGGAGAGAAACACGGGUCCUUUUGGGCUGGGCCCCUCCCAAGAUGGCCGGCUCCCACUUCCGGUGGCGGACGGAAGGACUUGAGGCCGAUUUCCUCCCUCUGCCAGUGAGAGCCCGACAAGCUGGACGCUCUAGGAACGCGGUCCGAUCUCCAUAACCAGGCGGAAGCUCUCCGGCUGUCACUUCCGGCCUGCAGGUGUGCCUCGCCAGGCCGUCCAGCUUCAGGCAUGGCAUUGCUGUCCACCGUUCACCUGGGCCUUCCCCCUCCCGGGUGCCCGCAUCGCCUGGCCCUCGUCUCCGGGCCCUACCACUACUACCACUACGGCUGCGACGGGGUGGACGACCGAGGGUGGGGCUGCGGCUACCGUACCCUCCAGAUGAUCUGCUCCUGGCUGGUGGCAGCCGGGGGAGAAGACGCCACCCACUGCCCGGUUCCGUCCCUGAAGGAGAUCCAGGAUUCCCUGGUGAAGAUGGGUGACAAGCCCCCCUCGUUCUCAGGCUCGCGGGACUGGAUCGGCACUGUGGAAGCCGCUCUCUGUAUGGAUUGUUUUUACGACGUGCCGGGCAAACUGCUCCACGUCCGCCUUGGCCGAGAUCUGGAAGGGGAACUAGAGACGUUGUAUGCCCACUUCCAGGGAGGCGGAGGGCCUGUCAUGAUGGGGGGAGGCCGGGACCAUGCCUCCAAGGGGUUGCUGGGGGUCUGCUCUGGCUCCGAGGGACACCACCUGCUCGUUCUGGAUCCGCACUUCUACGGCACGGCAGGCUCGCUCAGCCGGCAGGAAGCCCAGGCGAAGAGGUGGGUUUCCUGGCGGGCGCUCGGCUCCUUUGAGGAGACCUCCUUCUACAACCUGUGUUUGCCCCAGUUCAGGGCCAAAGGGCCCCCCGUGCAGAAGAGGCUUUCGUGAGAAGAGGCAUGGAACACGUAGGAGCCGUUCGUUCCCAGCAGUUUCAGCCCAGCAGUUCCAAGGGACUGGCUGUGGAUGGGCAUCACACCCUUGGCACGUGCUGGGGGCCUCAACACGGAAGGAGAAGCCUGGGCGGCAGCUCCUGCACCAACCAGCAUGGGGUCCUGCCCUGGGGAGCCCUUCAGGGUUGCUUCCCUGCCUACUCCCUGCAGCUUCAAAACAGAUAAAGUCAGUCAAGCCUGGUUGGCUUCCGGUUGCUAGAUUGGCAGAUCGUUGCUGGGACUGGGUUGAACCCGGCCCUCCCUCCCUGGCCAGGACACCAAACCGGCUCCGUUAAAUGCCAGAGGACUAAAAUGGGUUUAUUUUAAUCUGGCUGGGAUUUGAGGAGAGUCAGUGCUGCAUGGAACUGGGUGGUUUAAUCGCUUUUAAGUGCAGAAGCUGUUCUCCCAGCUGGCCUCUCCUUUUUGCGAGGGCAGCAGGGGCAACUUUAAGACUUGUGGGCUUCAACUCCCAGAAUUCCCCAGCCCACAAAGGUUUGCCAGAAUCCAGCGUGGAUAAGACAAGAAAAAAUGGGGCUACGCUACCAUUAGCACACUUUUUGAUAGGAUAACUUUCUUAAUAGAUGGUGGGAAUGCGGCAAAUAUAAUAUAACUUCAGCAAAGUGGAGAAAAAAAGAGCUGGCUGGGGAAUUCUGGGAGUUGAAGUCCAAAAGUCUUUAAAGUUGCCAAAAUUUGGAGACCCCUGCACCAGAGAAAGGCCUGUGGCUUGGGAGGGGGAGAAAAGGGGGAGGGCCAGGUCUGCAGGAAACGGCAGCCGAGGUUGCUCUAAUGAUGAAAAAUUUUGUUACAUUAUUUAUUUAUUUAUUUUAUUUUAUUGGAUUUCUAUACCGCCCUACUCCCAAAGGACUCAGGGCGGUGAACAGCCACAGAAUAAAACACAUAAAUACAAAAAUUUAAAAUAGAAUAAAAACAAAUUAAAUAAUUUGGCUGAGACAAAUUUAAAAUAUCCAAUAAUUUAAAAACAAAUUAAAAUUUACAUUUAAAAGGGGAGAAGAUUUAGGCCAGGCCAGCUUGAUGAAAUAAAAAAGUCUUAAGCACGCGACGGAAGGUGUGCAGAUCUGGGAUCCUCCGUAUCUCCGGGGGGAGCUCAUUCCAGAUCGUAGGUGCCCCCACAGAGAAGGCUCUCCCCCUGGGGGCCGCCAGUCGGCAUUGUUUGGCCGACGGCACCCGGAGGAGCCCCUCUCUAUGGGAGCGUACCGGCCGGUGGGAGGCUGUUGGUGGUAGCAGGCGGUCCCGUAAAUAACCAGGUCCUAAGCCAUGGAGCGCUCUAAAGGUGAUAACCAAAACCUUGAAGCGCACCCGGAAGACCACCGGGAGCCAGUGCAGCUCGCGCAGGAGAGGUGUUACAUGGGAACACCACGUCGCUCCCAUAAUCCCCCGCGCGGCCGCACUCUGCGCCAGUUGGAGCCUCCAGUGCACCUCAAGGGGAGCCCCAUGUAGAGAGCGUUAACAAUAGUCCAGACUAGAGGUGAUGAGGGCAUGAGUGACCGUGCGUAAGGAGUCCUGAUCUAGAAAGGGACGCAACUGGCGGAUCAGGCGAACCUGAUGAAAGAUCCUCCCGGUCACGGCCGUCAAGUGCUCUUCUAAAGACAGCCGUGAGUCCAGGAGGACGCCCAAGUUAAGAAAACAAAGACAAACUCCUUUUACUGUUACUAACAACUGAAAAAUAAUAUGUUAUUCUUGGACUGGCGAUGUAAUUGUGUGACCGGUUGGGACACAAAUGUCAUCAUAAUUCAACCUGAGGUGGAAGUUGGAGGAAUGCCAUUUGUGUGACUUGUACAAUUGAUGAAUUAUUUUCUGUGAAGAUAAGAAAAUAUCGUCUGGCCAGGAGGCGGCGUUUGAGGAGAGGAGAUUUCCAGCAUUCCACGGGGCAGGGAAGGGAUGCUUGGGGGGGGGGGGGGGGGGGACAGGUGAGGGAUAAAUUUGAAGAAGGUAACAAGAACUGGGGUCCAUGUUCCUCCCUCCGUGGCCAGCAAGACCCACCGUGGCAUCUCCAAGGCCACACGAUCAAUGCUCAGAGGCUGGGCAACGGAGGCGUCUUUGUGACGGUUGUGAUGUCCCGGAUGUUUGAUCACCUUUUGUGACCUUCUGAUCAGGAAGAUUUAUUUCACCAAUUCAAUUCAAUUCAAACCAAA